AUGCGCGGCCGGUGCUGCAUCGUUGCACAGGGUGUUACCAAUCACCUUUCUAAUCUGUUCGGUACAAGUAGCUCAAGGCUGAGCUUGAAGCUAGGUACUCCUCAAGUUGUACUAAGUCUGCACGAAGUCGAUGCUUCGCCGACGGCUGGCUCCGCUCUGCUGUCUCAGUCUCAGCUAUAUUUGGGAGCAGGUACCCAAGGCAUCACCAGCUCGAACAUGGCAAAGCGCCACGUCUCUUGCUUGCAAGGGUGCAGCUUCGCAUCUCGUACUCGCGUCCAAACAAACCACUCCAAGAGCGCCAAAAACGCGGGUCUCGCGCCUAGACUGCACACCAAUGUCAUCUUGAAGGCCCAAUGGCUGCAAGGCACCAGGUGA